AUGGCGACUACUGGGGUUGGCUUUCGGUGGUUAGACUUAUUAGAAAAAGAAUUUGAUAAAGCAUGUGUUGGAUUAGAUACGUCUUUAGCCGAUCUGGAGACCGAGGAGCCAGAGGCAGUGUUCUCGGCUCGUCAGAAAAUAGCAACACUAAGUUCUUGCUUUGCUCAGCUCACCCACAAAGCCUUAACAAUAUUUCAACAUAGCGCUAAGCUCGAGGUAGGUUGUAGUUAUUAA